AUGAAGACCCUGCUCCUGACCGCCGUGCUGCUCGGGCUGGUGGCUGCCCUGCAGGCCCAGGAAUCCCUGUCUGUCCUCUCGGAGGCACAGAAUCUCAUAGGGACCUGGUACGAAAAGGCAGUAGCAAGUCACAAGAACACGGCCAAGGAGAAGAUGCACAAAGAAGCGUUUCCCAUAACAGUGACAACCCUAGAAGGUGGAAAUUUGGAGGCCAGGGCCACCAUCAUGCAUGAGGGUCGGUGCCAUGAGAUAAAAGUUCAGAUGCAGAAAACCAAUGAGCCUGGAAAAUACAUAGAUGUAGAAGGAAAGAAGACCUUUUACAUAGAGCAUCUGCCCAUGAAGGACCACUCCAUCUUCUUUGCUGAAGGCCAGCAUUUUGGGAAGACAUUCCGCAUUGCAAAGCUCAUGGCCACUGAGGGCGAAACCCUCAGUGCCGGCCAGUGGCCAGGUCCUCCCGUCAGCAGCUGGCGGCAGAGCUGUGUCCCCACCGCCCCUCUGCUCAGCGGCCCGCCCCACCCCACAGGAAAGACGCCUGAGCCAAACACAGAGGCUCUGGAGGAAUUUCAGAGAUUCGCACAGCGCAAGGGAUUCCAGGAGGAGAACAUAUUCAUGCCCAAACAGAAGGAAACCUGUGUCUCAGAAUAA